AAGCUAGCCCGCUAACCACGAGAGAGAGAGAGAGAGAGAGAGAGAGAGAGAGAGAGAGAGAGAGAGAGAGAGAGAGAGAGAGAGAGAGAGAGAGAGAGAGAGAGAGAGAGAGAGAGAGAGAGAGAGAAUUGGCCGUGCAGGUUGGUCGCCUGGAGCCCUGGACGAUUGAAUGGCCAGAAUACUGUUGCAACUUUCCUUGUUGUCGUCGCUAUGGCACCAAUUAAUUUCCCUCCUCCUCAAGAAGUAGUAAGUACCACUUGCCUACAAUCAUGCUUCUUGUGCUGAUGAUAUCAAUUAUGAGGACUGCGUGAGAAUUGCCAUGGCAAAGAUGGAGCUCAGUAUGGGACGGAGGAAUGCUGUGCUAGAUAUGAGAAGAACAAGUUCUGUUGAGCUUCAUUUCAUUAAGAACUGAUACUAUAGUAAUAUGUAUUUUGUAUUUGCUCAUGCAUGGUUUUGUAUGGAACAAUGUUAUAGCGAGUAACUACGUGAAAAGUUUAAUAAUAAAUCCUGCAUUGUAAUUAAAUAUAUGAUUGUAGGAAAGAAUCUUCCAAUUAUUGGUUAAUGACUAAUACGACAUUGAUAUAAUGAUAUGACACUGAUACAAAGUCAUGAAAUUAUUUGUCAAACAUAAGACAUUAUACCAAUAAUAUUAUACCACUAUCAUAUCAACACCGUACCAUUAUAAUAUUAUAUUAUUGUUAGCUCUAAUAUUGUGAUAUGACAGUGAUAUGAUGACGUGAAAAAAUUUUACUUUAAAAAUAUCAUAACGGAUAUUAUCUUGUAGAGCACAAAAAACAUAUGUUUUUGUGCAAUAUUUUUUUAAAUCCAAUGUAAAAUGAAUACUUUAUGGUCUAUUAAUUUUGAUAGCAAAUUUGAAAAAUGCCAUAAAAUGAAUACUCUAUGCCCUCCUGCAAAUCUGGGCAUCCCCUUAUUUUCCCUUUUAUCCAUUUAUGAUGGAGACCAUUGGAUUUUCUUUUCUCAAAUUACAAUCACUAGAUUAGGUUUUGUAUGACGACAAAAUUAAUGGGUUUUGUACCAUAAUCCUCGCCAUUAAUUAAUAUGUAAAUCUAAUUUUGAAAAAUAAAAUCCAAAAUGAAUUUGAGGGGCAUGUUAGUAUGUGAUGUAAGAUCUAUUAUUUAAUCUCUCCCAACAAUUAAAGUUAAUUCAAAUCAACCGGUUCUUAACAUGGUAUCAUAAUUUUUUUUUAUGACCGAGAAGUAUUUUGUUUAAAUCUCGGUAUCCCAUUUGUUAAGCACAUGGUACUCUAGAUUUGUGCAAAAUUCACCCAUAUGAAUCCCCCAACAACUCUUGAUACCGACAAUACAACAAACGCAUAGCUUUUUGCGACGGACAAAUUCGCGCUAAAGCUCAAGAAAUUCGUCGCCAAAGGAUUCUAUAAUGAUUUUAGUGUCAUUCAUACUUACUGCUGGUUCAUAUGGAAAGAGAGGAAUCAAAGGAUCUUCCAGCAAUCCUCUUGCCCUCAAUUGGUGAUCAUAAAGAAAAUCAGAAGUGCAAUCGUUGAGUGGACAACAGCCCAUGGGAAGUUAAGCCCGGAUCAAGGGAAGCUUCUGCUGCAACAAUGAUGUUUUGGAAGUGUUUGAGUCCUUCCCCUGUUCGUUUGGCUUUCCCUUUUCUUCUGUUUAUUUUUCUUUUUGUUGAACUUCUCAACUUUGGUCUCUCUGUUUAUUGUUCCAGACCUGUUUCACUUCCACUCCUUGUGGGAGUUUAUUUUCCUUGAACCUUUUCCUUUUAAUAAAGUUCAUCAUCAUUAUUAAAAAAAAAUUCUAUAAUGAACUCUCUUUCAAUGAGAGAGACAAAUUGGGAUUGGAAUCUGCUGAAAGCCGGAUGCGGCAUUGAUAUUUUCGUGGUACGUACUUGAAAAAAAAAUUAGAUAAGUUAUUCGUAUCGAUACACACGUCUGAUGACUCAAAACUCAAAGUUCGAUCAACUACGAUGAACUAAGGAAACGUGAAAAAUCUACAACUAAAUUAUUACUAAUAUCUGACUUCUCAUUCAUGAAUAAAACGUAUAGAACACAGGUUUAUAUGAUUUAUAGUACUAGUCCCGCAAAUAAAUAAUAACUUUCUAGACAAGAUAUCAUUAAUGAUACUAGUUGUAAACAUAAACAAAUAAAAAUAUCACAAAAUAGUCAAAUAUCCCAACUAUUAAUUUAUAUGGAAUCCUUGAUUAAUAAAUCUAAAAUAGCUACGUUGUCGUGAGAUGCUAUGCACCAAUUACCUAGUGUGAUCAUUAACCUAUAAUUCCUAAGCUUGGAUUUUCGUCCAAUUAGUCUAUUAUGAAGAUGAGACUGCUAUCUAUCCCACUCCUAACAUAUAAUAUGGGAGUAACCAAAUUCACCCGUCUCACAAUAUUAUAAAGCUAGCCCGCAGGUUCGUUGCCUGGACGAUCGAAUGGCCACAGUAGUGGUGCAUCUUUCCUUGUUGUCGUCGCUAAUUGUGACAAUGAUCAACGGAGGCUUCCCCGGCGGUGUAAUGAUCAUCUUCUCUGGUGAAGCUGCCCUGGAUCCAAUGUGCGGUGCCUCCAACGAAUGGUUUUGUAGUCCGACCGACUUCGAUAGCCCAGGAGCGGCGGUACUAGCAUUAGCGUACCUCACAGUCCCAUUAGAGUGCGAGCCGGUCUAUGGUACCACGUUUCCUCCUCCUCAAGCAGUACCACUUGCCUACAAUCAUGCUUCUUGUGCGGCUGAUCACAGUUAUGAGGACUGCGCUGACUGCUUAAGCAGAGCGACUCAACAGAUGCGUGAGAAUUGCCAUGGCAAAGAUGGAGCUCAGUAUGGGACGGAGGAGUGUUGUGCUAGAUAUGAGAAGACCAACAAGUUUUGUGGACGUUAAUUAAUCAAGAAAUGAUACUAUUGUUCUAUGUAGUUUUGUAUUUGCUCAUGGUUUUGGAUGGACAAAGGCUUCUCAUCCAUAUAUGUAACCGGGGAAGAGAUAUAUGUAACAGGGGAGGAGUCAGGAUUCGACGUUCGGAUGGAAGUUUUUCAUUCAAUUGUUUCGAAAGGGAAAUAAAAAUUAAGAAAAUUAUAUUUAUUAUUAUUAUUAUAGUCGCAUUUUUUAUAUUAUUUUUUGUUUUUAAAAUAAGAUCUAUACGGCAUCUUCAUUAGUUUAUAUGCUUCUAAAAUUAACAUUGAUUUUACAAAUUGCAAUUGUAAGUGAGCCAUGAUUCGGAGUUCCUAAGGGAGUUUUAUAAUUUUGUUAACAGAUAUUCUCCAUUGUUUUAUAUUGAGUAACCUGUUUCUAAAUUAAUCACUAGUAAUAUCUCACCCACCAAAACACAAAUAUGUUAUAUAUGGUCAUCGUAUGAUCGAAGCAACAGAAGUGAAUUGGGGUGAAAAUACACGAUUACAACUUACUAUAAAAAAAAGGUGUAGGAACGUCGCUAACCUCAGAAUUUGAGAACCACGGGCUGCUACUUACCAAGCAGCACCGAGAGUUCCUCCAAACACUUCAGUAAUUCAGAAUUUGAGAACCACUGGCUCAUCAUUAGUGAAGUGUUCAGAGGAACUCUAGGGGGCGCCUGAUCUUUUCUUUCUAUUUCUAAAUUUCGAGCAACGUAACGGUGUUGCACUGAUGCUGAAUGUUGAAUACAUGGUUUGCUGCAGAACCCUUCCUAUUUAUACUGAAACCUCGGAGCCGCAUAUAGAGAUUCGGUACGGUUAUGAAACUAGACGGGAUUCGGGCUAUGGCUAGCAGGUUGAAGGACAGAAUAAGGAGAGGGAAUCAUAUUAUCAUUUCACCUUCAACUUCAUGGUUCGUUUUUGUCCAAGUACCUAGCUAGAAUUGUAGCGAGUAGGAGUGUACCUAACCUGGAUUACGCGCGUUAUGUAACUAUGCACAGAUGCGUCAGAUGGUUCAGUAACAUGUGACCCUGCAAUUCACUUUUUUUAUGAGGGGAAUAUCCCACUGUCCUUUUAUUUGUGUCAUAUGGACACAAUGCUAACAUCUUGAUUGCCUCCUUUGUUCCUUCUUUUUGGCCAUAGGGCAAGUGAAUGUGGACAGGGUGAGUGGGUAAGUGAAGAAAGAAAGAAUGGAGGGGGGAAAGGUCAGAGGGUGGCAGGGCAUAACAUGGGAGCAUAGUGAUAGGUUUCGUACUACAUCCAUAGUAGUAGUGAUCUCUUUCAUUGGGACGUCGGUAAAAAAAAAAAAAAAACCCCCAAAAACUGCAAAAGAAACCGAUGGUGGAGGAUUUUCUCUUCCCUGGGAAUCUCAACUUUUGUUGAUUUUCUUUCCCCUGGUAUCCAACGUCUAUGGGCCAAUUCGGGACUCUGUAAACAUGCUAGUUAUGGUCGUUCAAUUGCGCAUUUCCUAUGUUAUACUCAUUAAAAUGGUCGAUGUAUUUGUACCAAAUGGUUGACCACUUUGUUGAAAUGGUCAAACGGAUGUACUAUUUUUCAUUCUGCUAUUUUCAACAAACAGUCGACGCUUUUUCCACUAAAAGGUCGACCACUUUACAAAAAAAACGGUCUAUCCUUUCCAUCAAGUGGCUACCUUUUUCACCAAGCGGUCCACCACUUUCAAUAAUCGGUCGACCUGAUGAACCAUGUAGAGAUGUCAACAAAACCCGAACUCACGAGUAUCCUACCCGACCCAACCCGGUCAAUACGGGUAAAACCCGUUUUGACGGGUUUUGGGUCGGAUUCGCGUUUAAACGCGCCACACCAUCACCGGGUUGGGUUUGGGUUCAGGAAAACCCGGCCCAUGGGUACCCACACACACUCAUAUAAUUAAUUUUUUCGAUAUAU